UUAGGGAUCAGGUGGCCAGCUUCACCUCGACGCACAAGCACUUCGUCGAGUUCAGUCAGUGAGUUGGUUCGUCGUCGUCGGUAGUUGUUGUCGUCGGAAAGUACUCGGCGUCGGGACUGCGCUAACACACGAUCGAACGAAACAGUGUAGCGAGCAACUGGGCUUUCUAGAUGCAGCCAGAAAUCUUCUCUCUAGCAAUUUCAAUCAGACCCAGCAGCAAAUCGAUAAGCAGCCCACGUUUGUUGAGCUGGUGCGUGGCACUGACCGGUGUAAGCUGGCUGAUUUGCACACGGAAAAAGUUAAGGCACUCUUGAUCUACGAUCCUAAGAGGAGAGCUGUUGUCCCCAGCCGCUUCUGCAGCUUCCACCUGGCCAGCUUCGACCAUGAUGAAGAGAGUGUACUUCUAUAUUAACAGCAAAAGUUCCACUUGGGCCACCAUAUGAAGCUGAUGCGGCUAAUAUGGCGGGUUCAUCCAUCAAUGUCAUCUCCUUGAGGGUUGUUAAAUCUGGCCCUGAGCACACAUACCCAGUCGAGGUUUAUGGCAGAGUUAUUGCGAGGGAUGAGGUUGACUACAAAUGUGUCGUUCUGUUCGAUCGUGAAAGGAAGGAUGCCCAGUUCAUCAAUUCGGAGAAGGAUAUGUUAGCUCUGACAGGUCCACGCCGAGCAUUGGUUACUGAUGGCUUGAUGUGUUUCGAGUUUGAUUUAAAGGUCAAGGGCAAGGGUGGGCCUGAUUGUGAUGUACAGUUCAGCAAAGGUGUAAUACUCUACCGUCACAACUUCUACAACAAGCGCAUGAUCAGCCAGCUACCUAGUUUCCAGAGUACGGUGAAAUUGGUAUUGCAACAUGUGGCAUCUCCAAUGGCAGCUAGUGUUGAAGUCAGUCUUGUGAGAAAACAACAGCUUGGUGAUCGUGCUGUACACUUCAAUGGUAAAAUAACAGUUGGGACUGCUAGAAAUUAUAGACAGCAUAUGGUUGUUUAUGAUAGUAGUCGUCUGCCUAGUGGGGACUUGGUGACGGAAACUGGCUCUCUUGUGUUGGAUCAUAACCUGUUAGCUGUCUCGCGGCGUAUACGAGACAACACACUCAAGGGAGAUGAACAAGAGACGAUCUAUGUGUGUUUUCUUGGUGCUGGUUCUGAGAUUGAGGAUGAGGAUUAUAUUAGGCCUGAGGAAGAAGAUGAAGAUGAGGAUGACAUUGUGUCUGACGAAGAAGGCCAAGAGGAACCUGAUGAAAUGGAAAGCGCGGGUGCGGAGGAUGAUGGGGACGACCCUACUAGUCUUGUUGCUCUCAAAUACCCUCUGAGUGAGACUCUGUGCGAACACGGCUCCCUCAAGCUGAAAGUGAAGGUUCAUUGGACUGCUAUCAUUGAGGCGCCGCUGCAUGGUGAAUUCUUAACAAGAUUGGGUGUCCUUCUAGAAGGUUAUAAGUUGCCUGAUUAUCGACGGGGUUCGGCCAAUGGUUCUUUCUGUGAGUGAGUGUUUGUAUUUUCCUGAGUUUCUAUGCUUAUUCUCUUGGUCGAACGCUGAUGUAACUAUUGGAGGGCAUGGCAGCCUCUCCCUUACCUAUGUCGUAGCAGUAAGAAUUGU